ACUCCAAAUGCUCUAUAGUCUAUUUCAAUAUUUGUAACAAUCGGUGACCGUCGCUCAGUUCCGCAGGGUCCGCAGGUGUUUGUGUCGAAAAACAAGCGAGUAGAGAAGGCCUGGGAACGAGAGUUUGUCUCUGCAGACAUAUGCAAACAUUGAGAAUGGUUGAGUGGUGAACGAUGAAUGUGUAUUUCAUCUUUAUAGUAUUUAGUUGCGUAUUUUUCAGCUGCUUGAGUAUUUCAUCAGCUUUUAUCAGCUGUGGAUCUGACAUUUACUUACAAGCUGGUACAUUUAGUGUAAAUCUCGUAAGUCCUGGUCAUCCUUCCUACUACCCAUCAGGCACCUGCAAAAAAUGGCGUAUUACGGCUCCGUCUGGCAAACUAGUGCAAUUGAAGUUCAUCAGCUUUGAUUUAUAUGGAUAUCCAACAUGUUCAAAAUCAAGUGAUGACACAUUAAAGAUUUAUGACUCAUUUAGUUCAAGUAACUUGAUUGGAAAAUACUGUGGCAAGUAUAUACCAGCAAAUGUGGUAUCGUCUGGCCGGUACCUUUACCUGGUAUUCUACAGUAACUCCAAGAUCUUUUCAGCUGAUAGAGGCUUCAAGUUGGUAUACAAUGCUAUUUCUGAUCCAGGUACUGAUUCGUCAAUUUGUUCACCAUUUAACUCAGUCUACACUAAUAAAAACAUCAGAUUGACAGCAUCAAGUACCAGAAAGUACAUCCAAAGUCCACUGUACCCUGCUAGGUACCCUAGUAACAUUGAGUGUGUUUGGUACAUCACUGCGUCAUCAAGCUCAAAGAAAAUCAAACUCACAGUGACAAACCAGAAGAUUUAUAAUUACGCCAUGUUUUCAUGUAGCAGUGCCAGUGACUACGAUUUCUUAAAAGUAAAAGAUGGUUCAUCUCUUUCUAGUUCAUUGUUGAAAGAAAUGUGUAGUACAAGCUAUUCAUCAUCAAGUGUCACUUCCUCUGGUCGUUAUAUGACAGUGCAGUUCAAAACAAAUCUUGAUAACUACUAUAAUGGUGCUACAACUGGAUUCAAAGCUGAGUUUGUUGAACUUGAUAAUACCAGUGAUUCAACUGGUGUAAUUGUUGGUGCAAUAAUUGCUGUUAUUAUUGUUGUUGUUAUUCUCAUACCUUGUUGCAUUUGUAUUGUGAAAAGACAAAGAACGUCUGGACAAGUUGUACGCCACCCUCCUGYUACAACAGCARCAACUACAACAACAACAACACAGUACCCCAUGCAACCUCAAGCACCUGUGCCUCCUCAAGGGACCUAUCCACAGGCUGGCGUAAGCUAUCCUCCACCUCCUGCUGGAGGCUAUCCUCCUGUUCCUCCUGCUAGCARCUACCCACCUCCAGGAAGUAGUUACCCUCCACCAGGAAGUAGCUAUCCUCCUCCAGGAAGCAACUACCCUCCUGCAGUACAGGGCAGCUAUCCACCACCAAGUGAUCCUCCACCUCAGUAUCCUGGACCACCCGGUUAUCCUCCUCAGCCACCCUACAAUCCCCAGAUGGCAUCUCAGCCUAACCCCCCAUAUCCCCCAGCUGCACAGGGUAGUACAAAUCAACAGUUUCAGUAUCCUCCACCGGUAGAUACCAAAGCAAGUGCUCCUCCAGCAUUUUAAUAGAGACCUGUUAGAAACUGCUUUUUCACCAACUGAAGACAUAACCAUUCGUUACAAAGUAAUAUCUUAUGCACCACAUAAUAUACCGUAUGGGCCCAUUUACUCAGCAUUGCUUUUAGUAUCACUAUUGUGAAUGAUAUUAAAUCUUCAACAGUAUUAGGUACUAUUAAGUUAGAAUGAACAGUACAGCAA